GUUCAAGUAUUUAUUUAGAAUAAUACAAAGGAAAUAUUUCCUCGAACGUUUCCCGUAAAGAAUGCCAUCAAACGCCAUGCCGCCACAUUCGACACGAUUGGUCGCUUUUUCUGUCUGCUAGAUUAUCAUUUUUCGAGAUUUGGGUUUCAGCUGUUUCCUAUUGAUGUCUCGUUCCCGAGAUCUCUCGGCUAUUAUUGGUCGAUUUAUUUUCUAUUUACAUUUUCUUGCGUGUCCUUGGUUGCUUUCGCGCGCAAAAAUUGCGAUUUGAAGAUUUUGUUGACAAUAUGUACAAUGGGCAUGAAUAUCUGUCGUGUAUCAAAAUCAAUACCUCAAAACAAACCGCGAUGAAGAAUACGCACGAAAAGGCAGAAUCGAUGGAUCUAACGGCGGAGCAUCGUAAUUUAAUCUUAACGGCUAAUAAAGUUUUCGGAGAAGACAAGUGGAGCCAUACUGUUGUGAAUCAAACAUUAGAUUUUGUCGAAAUAAUUGGUGCCAAAUGUUGUACCGGCUGUGUCAGCUUUGUCAAAGUCCAGCUUGAGAAUGGAAAUUUUCAUGAAGAUAUUGGUUAUUACAGCGCAGAGGAAUCUACAAAAGGCUUGUCGAUAUACAAUGCCAGAGUUGGUUCUGCUAUAAAUGCCUUAAGAAGAGUUCUGUUGUCGUUUGGAGAUAAAAUUGAAAAAGAAUUGCAACUGUUACAAAAACAGAUUGAUCUUAAACAAGCUAAUAACAUACAAAAAAGUGUGAUACAAUCGGACGAGCAGAUUCCAGAUAAAUCAAAUGUUUCAAUUAAAGCACCUGUUUCUCAUGUGCAACAAAUAAAAUGUAAGAGUGAACUUGAACCAAAUAAAAGUACAAAUCAGUUAAUAAAAGCUCCUUCUUUGGAAUCUACUGUAAAUAUUAUAUCUGAGAUUAAUCAAUCGUCAUCUACAAAUGUUCAGAUUGACGAGCCUUCAUCGGAAAAAAAGAAUUCAAUUCGAGAAAAGCUAAGACAAGAGAGAAAAAGGAAACAAAUGGAAAAGCAGAUGGAAUUUAAAAGGCGUAUGAUGGAAAAAGAAGGAUUUAAUCGAUAUUGAGAUAAACAAAAAGAUUGAAUUAGAUGUUAUCCACGUGAUCGAUUUGCAAAGAAAUCAAGAUA